AUGGGUUGCGGCAAUUUCUUCUUCACGAUACUUGUGACCUUCUCUGUAGCUCUGAUAACAUACAACAUAAUAAUCUCAGCUAAUUCACCACUCCAGCAAGACCUCCCAGGCCCAUCAAGAUCAUCGUCGUCGUCCAUUUCUGUGGACCCCAUUAUCCAGAUGCCAUUGCACAGAUCGAGAGGGAAAUUAGGGAGCUCCAAGAGACUGUUCCAUACGGCAGUGACAGCCUCCGACUCUGUGUACAAUACGUGGCAGUGUAGGAUCAUGUACUACUGGUUCAAGAAGUUUCAGAACGAACCCAAUUCAGGGAUGGGUGGGUUCACUAGGAUCUUGCACUCUGGGAAGCCUGACAAGUACAUGGAUGAGAUCCCAACCUUUGUUGCUCAGCCUUUGCCUGCUGGAAUGGAUCGGGGUUAUAUAGUUCUGAAUAGACCAUGGGCAUUUGUACAAUGGCUUCAGCAAGCAGACAUCAAAGAAGAUUAUAUACUGAUGUCUGAGCCAGAUCAUAUAAUUGUCAAGCCCAUACCGAACUUGUCCACUGAUGGGCUUGGAGCUGCAUUUCCUUUCUUUUACAUUGAACCUAAAACGUAUGAGUCAGUACUCCGGAAAUACUUCCCUGAGAACAAGGGACCAAUAACUAACAUUGAUCCUAUUGGAAAUUCUCCCGUCAUUGUUGGGAAGGAAUCUCUUAAGAAGAUUGCUCCCACCUGGAUGAAUAUUUCUUUGGCAAUGAAGAAGGAUCCUGAAACAGACAAAGCUUUUGGUUGGGUGCUUGAAAUGUAUGCUUAUGCUGUUGCAUCCGCUCUACAUGGUGUUGGUAAUAUCUUGUACAAGGACUUCAUGAUUCAGCCUCCAUGGGAUAAAGAGAUUGGCAAGAAGUUCAUAAUUCAUUACACUUAUGGAUGUGACUAUAAUAUGAAGGGUGAAUUAACAUACGGAAAGAUUGGAGAAUGGAGAUUUGACAAAAGAUCUUACGAUAGUGUUGCACCACCUAGAAACCUUCCUAUGCCUCCGGCUGGUGUUCCAGAAAGCGUGGUGACUCUGGUGAGAAUGGUCAAUGAAGCCACAGCAAACAUUCCAAAUUGGGGGGAAUAG